CUUUUUCUCGUCUUACUUUUCUCGAAAAUACUUUGAAUUUCUACCAGUAACACGCCACUGGUGACACAUCGUACUAUGCGUACUAAUUCUACGUAUUUAGGUUUUGAUACUGUUGAAUUGGUUUCGCGUACCAGUGGAUAUCGCCUAGUUGAUAUUAAUCUUCGACCCACGUUCCAGCCCGAUUCAGUUGCAGUUUCGAAGACGGUUCGCAACUACAAUUCUAGAUCAAAACGUUUUAUUGUAUUGUAACUUCUAAACUAUCUGUACAGUCGCUUCCCAAAGCAUAAUCCUUUUUUAAUUCGUUAAUACGUUCUGAUGUCACCUCGAUAGUAAUUUUGCGUUGAAAUUUACGAUUAUCGUAUGGAGCGACUAAGGAGAAUUUGCAUAGAAAAAAAAUCGGGAUGAUUUAUAGACUAAUCUGAGAAAGUUAAAAAAAAGUGAGGCGUGUCAAAAAAUUUAAAUCAGCUCUAGGACGUUUCUGCCGUAAACAAAUUGGAUAAAAAACAGGCGAAGAUACCAGUGCUUUUGAUAUAUCAGUAUUAAAAGAAGCGAACUCGCAGAGGAUUCGGGUGAAGGUGGAAGGGAAGAAAUGUUUUCCUUUCACCUCUGUUAGAAGGAGUGGCAGGAAUGGUCCGAGAGGCUUGGGGAGUCUUACGGUAGAGGUGGAAACGACCCAUGAAAGUAACAGUGCCUUCUCCACCUUCUGCUCAACACUUAGUCUCAUACUCCUUGCCCUGGAGAACGGUGCACGCGAUUCUUUCAGUGUCCUUCGGUGUCGACGUACAGGUACAAGGUCGCGAGUGCACCGGAAACGUGUACACGGGGAAUCGAGAAGUCGUGUCUAUGCAAGCAUAGUGCGCGAUGUGCUCGACCUGACGAAUUUCCAACGAAGACAAUCGACAACCGGGGAUCGAUAAUCAAACAACGAAAAUGGAUUGGGAGAACCGAACAGUGUCGCUGCUACUUUGCUUAAGCAUUCUGCUUGCGACGAUUCACAACGGUAACGCCGAACGCAAGAUCGUAUGCUAUUAUACAAACUGGUCGAUCUAUCGACCAGGCACUGCCAAGUUCUCACCGCAAAACAUCAAUCCGUAUUUAUGCACCCAUCUAAUCUACGCUUUCGGUGGUUUCACCAAGGACAAUGCCUUGAAGCCUUUCGACAAAUACCAAGACAUCGAGAAAGGUGGAUACGCCAAGUUCACUGGCUUAAAAACAUACAACAAGAACUUGAAAACCCUGUUGGCUAUCGGAGGUUGGAACGAAGGUUCCAGUAGGUUUUCUCCGAUGGUUGCCGACCCUGACAGAAGACGAGAAUUCGUCAAGAACGCCAUAAAGUUCCUUCGAAAGAAUCACUUUGACGGUCUCGAUCUCGACUGGGAAUAUCCAGCUUUUAGGGACGGUGGAAAGCCUCGGGACAAAGACAACUAUGCCAGCUUGGUGCAGGAACUGAGAGAGGAGUUUGAGAGGGAGUCUUCAAAGACCGGAAGACCGAGACUUUUACUAACGUUGGCGAUGCCAGCUGGUAUCGAGUACAUCGACAAAGGCUACGAUAUUCCUAGAUUAAACGAAUACUUGGAUUUCAUCAAUCUUUUAUCGUAUGACUACCAUUCGUCUUACGAACCAGCCGUCGAUCAUCACUCUCCUCUGUAUCCUCUGGAAGAGGACAACGAAUACAAUUACGACACCGAGUUAACGAUCGAUUACACUGUGAACUAUCUGCUGAAAAAGGGUGCCUCUCCGGGCAAGAUAAUCCUAGGAAUUCCAACGUACGGCCGAUCCUACACGCUUUUCAACGAGGAUGCCACUGAUCUGGGUUCACCGGCCGAUGGUCCAGGAGUCGAAGGCGACGCGACCCGCGAGAAAGGCUACCUCGCUUACUACGAAAUUUGCGAGAGCCUAGCGCAAUCGGACGAGUGGCAGGUGGUUCAGCCAAAUGCAAAAGCUAUGGGUCCUUAUGCGUACAAGGGAGACCAAUGGGUAGGUUACGACGACGAAGAUAUAGUCAAGUUAAAAGCCAAAUACGCGAACGAGAAGAACUUGGGGGGAAUUAUGUUUUGGACGAUCGACAACGACGAUUUCCGGGGCAAAUGUCACGAUCGUCCGUAUCCUCUGAUCGAAGCGGCUAAAGAGAUGCUCUUGACGGACAGCUCGAAUACCGUUCAGAAGUCAAAGACAGUGGACAAUCGUAAGAAACCCAGAGCCCAAGGUGUUCAGAGCAAUACCGUAAGAAGAAAAGGUGGUAGACGAAGCACCACGACUGCAGCGCCUGCCCCGAAGAUCCGAGCGUCCUCCUCGAGACCAAAGUAUCGGACGUUUUCGCGUCCUAAAACCAGCGAGGAGGAAGAGGAGGAUCAACGAGUCGACAGACGAUCGUACGACCCAUCCUCCGACGAAGAGGAUAGCUCCGAGAGAGGAAACGCGGUUAAGACUGCGAACAAAAACGAAAGACCGAGCAACAAGAAUAAAAGGAGAUCGUCGAAAGAUCGAUCGAGUUCCAAUCGGAAUCGUAGAAAGCAAGCUCGCCGCAAAGAAGAAACCAACAGCAACUCGAACGAAAGAUCGUUGAGUAAUAAACUGACUACUCCAGAACCGCCAACGACACCCGAUCCCGGGACAGAUUUCAAGUGCGAAGACGAAGGAUUCUUUCCGCAUCCCCGAGAUUGCAAGAAAUAUUUCUGGUGUUUGGAGAGCGGCCCAGGAGGUCUUGGCAUAGUAGCGCACCAGUUUACGUGUCCUUCUGGUUUGGUGUUUAACAAGGCAGCCGAUUCCUGCGAUUACCCGCGUAACGUUGUAUGUCCCAAAUCGAAAACGUCUCAGUCGUCCGCGUCGACGACCAGAGCGCCGAUAACCGCUGCCACCAGCCGUACCACUUAUCUCUAUAGCACUACGCGUCGACCAUCCCCCGAAAAACCAGACACGGAGGAAGAGUACGAGUACUACGACGAGGACGACGACGAAGUCGAAGAGGAGGAUGAAGAAGAGGGAGAGGAAGAAGAGCCUAAAACGACUACCACUCCGAAAGCGCUUUUGUAUAAAACGAUUACCAGAAACAAGCCUAGUACGACUACGACUACGAGUACGACAGAAGCGCCUACGACCACCUCGAAGGUUGGGAAAAAUGAGCCCGAGAUUACCAAUAUUGAGGACGAAGAGGAUCCUAGGGUUAUCAAAGAGCUAAUAAUGCUGAUCAAGAAAGCAGGUGGUAUAGAGCAACUAGAAAAGCAGCUGUUACUUCAAGACAAGAAUGCUGACAAUAGUGCGAAUUCUGGCAGCGUAAACGCUACUCCUGCUACGAUAAGUCGCACUUUGUACGAACGUGUACUGAAUCGACAAGCUGGUAAAGUUACAAAUAAGCAACGUACUUCUACGAAUACAAAUUACGCGAAUGGGCCAGGAAGUGCGCAGUUCGAGGGAUUGGACGAGGUUCCGGAAGUGAAGAGUUUGAGGCGCUCGCAAAAACCGCAAUACGUGACCAUCGAGAGACCAAAGCCGUCUACGAAGGAACCGCCGAUCGAAGACGAGCAACUCGACGAAGAAGAAGAUCUCGAUGAAGAUAACACGGAUGUAGCUUCAUCCGAGGAACAGACUAUUAGCAAUCCUUUCUUAGCUAGCUCGACGCAGAGAGCGACGCCUAAUUAUAUCAACAUCAGACGCGCUCGACCUUCCACCUCAAGAUACGAGAACGACGUUGAGGAGAAAAAUAAGAACACGGAAGAAGAGGCGCCUAUUCCCAGCCGACGCCGGCGUCCCAGCGUGUUUCCCAAAAAUACCGAGACGAGUUCUUCCGAAAAUACCAGAGAUCAGGAAUCUCGUUCAUCCGCAAACGAAGAAAGUCCACAGACAACUAAAUCCAGGUAUGUUAGCGUUCAAAGAUUCAGAAGCACGACUUCACAUUCUACGGAGGUUGUUUCGCAAGUGGCAUCCACUAGCCAAGAACCAAUUACGGAAUCGGUCUCGAGCGAAGCGACCGAAAUCGAUCAAAAGGUGGAUACCACCACCGCGACGAGUCCAGUGAUCAACAUUUUACCUUCGAUUGGCUUAUCUUCGACACCGAACGAUAUCCUCGUCGAGUCGGAAACGGAAAAACCGAUUCCGACAACGACUCCAGAGGCUAGCUCGACUACCACCGAAUCUGUGAAACUCGUCGAGGAUUCGGCUACGGAAAUCCUCUUAACUACGGCACCAGCGAACUUGUCUACGUUGUCGGUUCCAAAUACAAGGAUCAACACCGCAUCGGUAUCUCAGCCAAGGCCUUUUAGCUUUAACCGAAGAAAUAGACCUACGACCGAGCCUACCACCACUCCGUUGCCACCGUCCAACGAUCAGACGAGGUCCAAGGUGAGUAUAUCAUCGCGAAACCAAACGCGCUCGUCCUUUUUGGUAGGACGAGAUCGAUUAAGACCGAGGCAGGAGAACGCCGGUCGAAACGAGCCGACCACUGAGAACGAGCAAAUCGAAUCUUCUCGCGGCGGCGUUGUCAAAGAGACAGCGCACACUCGUGGAAGGUCGAAAAGCAGAGGAGUGAGUAGAUACACGCCGCCGACCUUCAGAGUUAGAAACGAAGAUUCGUCCAACUCCGUAGUUAGAGAACGCAUUCGAACUACGGAACCUCCUGUUAGCACGGCCAUUGCCACGGAUGCUUCGAGAACGCGGUUCCGCCGGCCAAUUGCUAAAACCACCACCGAAUCCACCAAAGCUAACGAACUCGAGGACAGUCCUAUCGUUAGGAUCGCCCAAGGUUAUCCCAGAAGGAGCUUAUCUUCGAGAUCGAAAAACACGGUUAAGGACGAGAUAGAUAACGAUAAAAUCACCAACAUCAAGGUAUUCAAAAAGCCGACUGCAUUGAACAGAGACGUGUACGCCAGGACAAGAUAUACGAGGAAAAGAAACAACGUAGAAAUUGGUGAGUUCAAAAAGGAGACGGAAGAAAAAACAAGCGAAGCCGCGCCAGAUUUCUUCUAUUCUUCGACAUCUACUACAACAACGGACUCGAUCGUCGAUCGUUCUUUGAACGACACCACCAUACCCAUAAUUGUAACUACGACCGAACGACCGAUCGUGAAUUCCAUAGACGAAACCGAUACAGUUUUAUCUCCAACGACGAUAUCACCGGAAACGCAAGAAACUACGAUUACUGGUUUAGAUACCGAGACGAACACCGUCGAAGCUGUUCGUACCACGGAAUUGACAAUAGAGAACGAAGUGAACACGGAGACGGACGAUCGAGUCGAUCCUAGCGAAGGGCUCGAUCAAGUCCUUACAACGACCGAUAGCGCUAUCAAACUGCAAGAUUUUGAACCAAACGUGAUCAUCGUCCUUCCUGCGAACAAUACCGAAACGGUUAACGAAGAGAAUAUAAACUUUGCUGUUCCGAGGCGCAGAAAAGUUUUGCUAAGAAGACGGCCCGUUACAUCGAGCACAACAGCAACAUCGCAAGCAGAACAAGAAGAAAAUAAAUUAAUUCCCCGUAGGAGGAAAGUGAUCAAGCGUGUUCGGCCGGUUCAAAGCACGGUAUCCACGGUAGAUGCUGAUUCUUCCACGGAAAAGGAUCAAAUUUUGCUUAGAUUUCGAUCUACGACUCCUAGAGAAGAUGCGACGAGUACGAUCGUUGCUGAAACGUCGGACGUUUCGACGGAAAAUUUCGGUUUGUCAACGACCGAAACUGUGACGGCAGAAACGAUCGACUUGGAUAUAACCGAUGGUUUCACAGGAGUCACUUUGGAAACGUCGACUGCAGAAACUGCGAUCAGUGACACUGGUUUCUCCGAAUCCGAUGUCGUUACGAUGGCCUCGACGAUAAUCGAUAAUGUUACCGCUGUUGCGGUCGAUUCCACGACAAGCAAGGAGGAGUGGACAGUGGAAACCGGUGCAACGGAAUCAACCACGUCAUCGAAUUUCUUAAUUAAUUUCACCGACGCGAAUGAUAUUUCGGAUGAAACGUUACCAUCGAGGAACGAACUCGACGCCCUGCCAACCACUAUUUCGCAGCUCACUACACCUUCCGCGGCUUUCCAAUCCAACCGUAGGUUAGAGACAUACAAUAGAACGUACUAUUUAGACUCCAGAUACGUGAGAAAGAAAUUUGUACGCAGGCGGCCAGUUGCUUCUUCUUCUUCUUCGGAAAAUGUCACCAACAAUUGGUAUCCAAAUAUAGAAACUUCGUCCCACGUGCCUUUAACUAGCGAGAGAAACGAAGUGGGUCUGUCGAAACGUAGAAAGAGCCUGUUCGUUCGUCGUAGACCGGUCUCCUCUACAACCGCGAGAACAACGGGAUUUAUCGAAGAAGAUUUCAUAGAUGAGAAUAAAUUCGGGGACGAGAAGGAAUUGCAGUUGGAAGUGCGACGUAAUGUCGAAAACGCUACUCCAAGAAUCAAUCGAGCCUACGAUGAAAUCUUCUACCCUAUUACUCCAUCCGCCGCAAGGGAAUCGGAAGAAUUCUGGAACCGCUACACUACUCCAUCGACCAGUGAAAGACGUUCUCCGUUUCCGGUAACUGUACAAAGCGAAACGACACUCGAUAAAAGCUCCGCAAACGUCGACGAAUCCUCAGAAAACGAAGAAAGCCAUCGAUCGGUAUCCUUUAAUAAUCGUUCACCAGAGAUUCGCCCUCGUUAUAGAGUCCCAGAAUCGCUGAAGAAAACGGCGAGCGUGGAGGGUCUUUAUUCUCUCGAUUCGUUACCAGAGGAAUCCGGAGAAUCGAACAAUCACAAGUCUAGAUAUCAGAACUUUCGUCAACCGAGGACGCGUUACAAAUAUCGAGAGAUAACGAGGAAUCAGCGAGAAGAGAACGAAGAAUCGCUUGCAGAUGCUACGCAUUCGCCCAGCUUCGACUCCUCGACGCAGGUGAGAACGCGUUUCUACGCGAGACGUCCAGUGUCCAGCACAGAAUCACCGGUCACGGAGACUCUGAUUCCAGCGAAGAAAUUCGACUACGUGGCGGAUGCUUAUAGAAGGCAACAAUCUUUACGAACGACACCGCGUAAUCAGAACGAAGAGGCAGAUUCGACUACUUGGACGAGUUUGAACGAGGAACGAGCGGAGGUUCAGAACUUCGUAGAUGGAGAUUACGUGACUACGCCUUCUUCGCAACCGCUGGUGACGCGAUUGGUCACAUCCGUCGAGGAAUCGGCCACCACGGAAAGACAAAAGAUUCUGAUAAAAACGAAAUACUCUUCGUUAACGUCGAACACGAAGAUUCCCCUUCAGACUACGAUCGCUCGAUUGGAACAUCCUGCUACUACAGCCUCCCCGAUCUCCGAUACGCUGGAAAGAUCUACGGAUUCCCUGGAUGAAUCGGAAGGGAACGAGGACGAAUCGGUGAAUGAGAUUCGCCAGGGCCAAGUCGAAAGAUCCACGUUGCCCAUAGAGGGUGAAUUUCUUUAUCAGGCACGAUUCACCACGGAAUCUCAUGAAUCGUCCACGAUCGAGAUCGAAUCGGUGUUCAACAAUUUGAUCGGCAGUAGGGACUCUACCAAACACGAUUAUCCUUAUCAUGUCGCCAGCUCGGAAGUCAAUAGACUACCAACCCUCAAGGAACUAAUUGGUUAUCAAACGAACGAAUACGCCAGCAGUCCGUCGCCCAUAUUCUUGAGCUUGUUUCCUCUUAAAGCGAAGGACGAAGAGAUCUUAUCGCAUGAAAAAAACACGAACCGCAUUCUCGAGGGAACAAGUGUUCGGAAUGAUACAAUUUUCAAUGCAGAACCAACAACUUUAAUGCCAAAUAAGCAUGAUCAAAAGGAAGAGACAGGCUACGCGAUACAAAAUGAUUUAGAUUUAUCCAUGGAUAGUAUAGACACGUAUUACGUUGAGGAUAAUAUCGACGAAAACGAUAUUUCGUUGACUAACAAGAAGAGGAUCGAUCGACAGGAUUCGUCGACGACUGUCACCCUAAAACCUACCACUAUGCGUGGUAUUCCUUUAGUUGAUUUAAUGCAAAGCCAAGUCCCCCGUGGUUUUUAUGUUACUAGAAGCGAAACGGAAAAUCCGAUACCAGAACAAGUAAAGAACGACGAAUCAACCACCGAGUGGACAACAUUGUCGAUAGAAAGCAAAGAAAAUGUUUCUUCCAAGAUCGCUAACGAAAUCGAACAACCCAAUGCAGGUAGAACGAUUGUUACCGAUUUUAACCAUAAUGAUAGCGAAGAAAAUUCCAAAUCUUCGACCCAAAUUAUUACAACUUUAAAGCCCGAUUUUUUCACGAAAAGUAACGAAGUUAAAGACAGAGACGAAAGUAUAGCACCAUCGACGAAUCGAGUGCAAACAGAAAAAGAUAUAGAUCUCUUUACGGAGAUACCAAGUUUGGAAACAAAUGCAGCACCUUCGAUUUCUAUACCCGUAAUUUCUCCGACCGAUUCACCUGUUACAUUUACUUCUCUAUCCCCUAAUGAACCCGAGUCUAUUGUUUCUACGACCAGUGAAUCCUUGACUAAUGACGACGCUACCCUGUCUAUUAAAAAUACUGACUCCACUUCAACCUCUGUAACCGAAGUACAAUCUAAUUUCACGACUAAAACAAACAUCUUAGAAUCCGUAACAGAAACAGGGUUAUUACAUAUAGAAAAUGGAACGCAUGCUGCACAUUUGCAAGAGAAUUAUUCGACAGACGAAAAGGUCAGUAGCAGCCAACAAACUGGCGAAGUUAGAAGAAACGUGGUGAAGAAUAGCGAAGAAUCGAAGUUGAGUUCAUCGUUGUCAACCACGACGCGUCCUUCUACUCAAUCCGAAAGAUCGGCGAAUAAAUUUAAUCGCCGCCGACAAAGGAUCGAAUUUAAUCCUAAUCACGAGUUUGGACGUAAAUCUCAGGACGGUAGGCAGGAUCAUCGUUAUGUAAGCCCAUCGAACGAAGAUCAAAAGGAUUCGAUAAAAGAAACAAGAAGAACGCAACAUCCUCGUCGUAGAGUUAUUAGUUACAGAGGGCGGCACCGCAGACCUUUUGUUACUGGUACAGCUGUGAACGACUCGCUUGCCUCCAAUACAACCACUCGUACGACUAAUCGUACGGUCAACGACGAUGAUAAACUGAAAGUAACGAAGAAAUCAGCUAAGGAGGAAUCCGAGCAAAUCGAAGCGAUAACUGGCUCCACGAAAAGAACGAAAGCGGGUAAUUCUGUAGAAAAUCGAAAUGAUGGAGAAAACGCGAACAAGGAAGAGACAAGCGUGGAAAAGAAGGUUGUGCCAAAGGCAAAUCUUACCGGAAAAGAAGCUGUCUCCAAAGAAGAACGUCUUCGGAUCGAGGAAAAUAUCGGUCGAUCCGAGUCUGAGGUGAAUUCCUCGAAGAGUACGGUAACAUCUCGUACACCAGGAAAUUUGCCAUCAACCAGGUUGAGGAAACCCACUACAUUCAAUUUGGCGACAUUGCAAAGCAAAACUUCCAACACAUUCGCGAAUCAUCGAAAAACUCAUUCGAACGACGGAAAGUCUCAAACUCUUGCUAACGAAAAACUCGAUGCCGUGGAUGAAAGAACAGAAACACCGAAAUCUGAAAAAGAUAUCGAUCAAAGUAGUAGAGCACAAGAAUUCGCGGUGACUUUGGCAGAUCCACCGUCUCCACAAACAUCAGCUACGGGUACACUCAACUUGUUAAAUCCUCCACCAUCAGAUUUCUUAAUUUAUUGCGUGCUGAUGCAUCUUUUAUGUUCUUCCAUGGGUGCUAACGGGAUUCUUCUAGUCUCUUUUGUUUUUGGAGAUCGAAUAACUAAUAGAGUUACACAAUCAGGUCGAACACCGUUAAGGAACGGUCUGAGGCGCAAAAUAAGCACUACGGUUGCACCUAGAACGGACGCGACAACAAGCAGGGCUACCCUCAGAUUCACCCCGAGUCUCAGAGAUCGACAAAAGUCAAAGACGAAGGAUAAAACUCUACAAAAUGUAACUACAAGACCUAGGCGACCGCCUGUUAUCGACUACGAUUAUUACGAGGACGAGGAGGAAUCGGUGGUUGGAAAAUCUACUUUCAACGGAAAACUCUUCCUCACCAGCAAAGGAACCUUCCGAUGUCUGGAUCAAGGCAAUUUCCCACAUCCCGACUCUUGCAAAAAAUUUAUUACUUGCGCCAGAAUGGUGAACGGUCAGGUAAUCGGAGCUGAGUACACUUGUCCCGAUAAACUAUCCUUUGAUCCGGUCGGUGGUAUUUGCAAUUGGUCAGCCGGACUUGGCUGCAAAGAAUAAUUUCUCCUAAAUCAUUAAUUAAACGAUGUCUUAAAAGUCGCAUAGAUCAGACAUAAAGUAAUUUUUAAUUCAUAUUUAAACUAAAUCAUGACCAAUUCAUUAUACAACGAACAAGAAAGAUUCGGCUGAAUUUUUACAAACGCAUGUAGCCAUAUCUAACGGAAACGAAGCGUGGUGAUAUUAUAGUUAAAAAUUUGUCUGUAAAUAUUAUAGUUAUUGUAUAUACAUAGAUCUAGUUUACUUUAUUGCAUGGCGUAUCGAUGAAAUAACUUAAGCGUUAGUACAUGUAGUACCGAGAAACUUAAUAAAGUGUAUCUUUGUAAAAUACAUGUACUUGUAAAACUCUUUGCACUCGAUCAAAAACGUUGAAUCGGAAUUACAUAUAUAAUAAGUUUUACGUUUGGAAUAAAAGCAUUCAUUUUUAACCACACUGUUAGAAAUUUUUAUUUAAAUAGCCUUUGUUAUAUCGCCCACUUGAUAUGACGCAUAUUAGGAUACGUUAAAAAUAACUACCCAAUCUUGUCGCUUUAUUUUUGAUACAAAACUUGAACGGUCUUCUUUCUCUCUCUCUAUCUCUCUCUCUAUCUCUCUCUCUCUCUCUCUCUUUCGCUCUCUUUCUCUCCCUCUCUUUCUCUCUUUAAAGACCAUUUUUUAUUUUCUCAUAGUUUGAUUUUACAAUGCUUUUUGUUAUUAAACUAGCUGAGGAAGAUGGAACUGAUAAAACAAAAAUAGGUAGAAUAGUUGACAAGUGUAAUAUGCAAUACGAUACGAUUGUCCAACUGAUGUGUAGAUCGAAUUAAGAUUGUAGAAGUUACAUUAAAUGAUUUAAAAUUAUAAGAAUUAUAAUUAUACAUAUAUGUGAUUAUUAAUGAGAAUGUAUACGUAUACACAAUACGAUAUGAACGCAUCGAACAAUUUGAUUUUCAAAACUAUUUCUUUCGGCUAUACAUACAUUGAACACAUAUGUACUUGUUACAGAUUCAUUAUGUUUCGAUAUCAAAAUGAAUGUUCAUAAUCUCAACCUUCUGUGUAUGUAUGUCGUGUGCGUGCGCGUGUGCAUGUGUGUCUGUGUAUUUAUAUAUAUAUGCCUCAGUAUAUACUGUUCAGUAGAUCUCCCCAGUUCUUUUUAUGUUGUUCAUUUCUAUAAAAAGCCCAAUAAUAAUUUUAUUUUUUAACAAAAAUAAAUGUAAGAGGAAUUAAAGUGAACUCGUAAAACGCGUUAAGAUACAUAUUAAAGAAGCA